AUGGACGCCAUUGCUAUUAUGGGCCACAUUAGUUAUGAUUUGGCUCAACGAAGACGUGAUGUUAUUCGUCCAACACUCAAUAAGAAGUAUGCUACACUGUGUGCUUCACAUGUGCCUAUUACCACUUUGCUUUUCGGGGACGAAUUGCAAGCACAACUGAACCACAUACGGGCAUCGAAUAAAAUAAAAAAUACGGCAAGUGGUUCCCAAUAUUAUCCACCAAGGCGCCAUUUCUCGCCUCAACAGGCACCAGCCAGAUCUGGUCAACAAAAUCCUUUUUAUGGAAACAGCCGCCUCAGGGCGGCAAACCCCAAUACAGGAGAAAGUACAAACAAUAUCGGUCCAAUCAACCGAGGAAUCAGGAAAAUCAAUGAGCAACAUUUUGACCGAAUUGCAGGUAAGCACAUACAAUACACUCCUACCUUCCUUGCUAGUUUAUCUUGAAAAUAAAGUAAAAAUGUUUAAAGCGGGAAACUUAGCUGCCUAUGUUAAAGAAUGGCAAGCUUUAACGUCGGAUCCAGAAAUAAUGAAGACACUGACUGGUCAGAGAAUUGAAUUCUCUGAAAUUCCUGUACAGUCGAAAACUUUGAUGAAUGUAAAAUUCACAGAGGCACAAACCAAACUGGUAGACCAUGAAAUUCUGAAAACUCCUCAACAAGGGUGUUAUUGUGUCAUGCACACGCGAAGAGGGAGACUUUGUCUCUCCAAUUUUUACCCGUCCAAAAAAGGAUCGCACUCUUCGAAUGAUCUUGAAUUUAAAAUCACUUAACAAGUUUAUUACCUAUUACCAUUUUAAAAUGGAGACUGUCUGGUCUGCAAUAAGGUCAAUGACCCCUGGAUGCUGUAUGGCUUCCAUAGAUUUAAAAGAUGCAAUCCAUGCACCCAGAGAAGUCUACUUAUUCCUACAGAACGAAUUGUGUUUUUAGGCUUUGUCCUUGACUCCUUAAAGAUGUGUGUGUCAUUGACGCCUGAAAGGGCUUAAUUGAGGCUUGCCAAAAAUUGCUUCAAAAUGCUUGUCCCACCAUCCGAGAGGUAGUCCAGGUGCUUGGAAUUAUGACUUCUAGCUUCCCAGGGGUAAUGUUUGGCCCACUCCACUAUAGAUCUCUGGACAUGGACAAAACAAAUGCCCUUAAAAAAAGUAACGGGAAUUUUGAGGGGAAAAUGUCUAUAUCACAGGAAUCUAUAACAGAUGUAAAAUGGUGCAGGAUAACAUCCCUAACAGAGGCCUAUAACCCAAUAAACCAUGGGGAGGUUGAAGUCACUAUAUCUACCGAUGGAUCUUUGACUGGAUGGGGGGCCUGUAUAGAUACCACAACAACAGGUGGGAACUGGACACCUGAUGAAAGGGCAAAGGACAUAAAUUACUUAGAAAUCCUAGCAGUUUUCUUGGCAUUGCAAUCUUUUUCCCCUGCAGUUGCCGGAAAACAUGUAAAACUGCUAGUUGAUAACACUACGGCUGUAUUUUCUAUCAACAACAUGGGCACUUUUCACUCUAAAGCAAAUAAUACAUUAGUGGCAAAAAUCUGGGAAUGGUCUAUAAUUAACAAUACAUGGCUCACUGUGGCACAUAUUCCAGGGAAACAAAACACUGCGGCUGAUAGAGAAUCUCGUGCAUCUUGA